GGCGACCGGAAAAGGCCAGCCUGAGGACUGAGGGCGUCCGCGAGGGCUCAUGGCUGCUUCGGGGAAGCUCAGCGCCUUCCGUCUACCGCCGCUGCCCACGAUUCGAGAAAUCAUUAAGUUGUUCAAACUGAAAGCAGUGAAACAGCUGUCCCAGAAUUUUCUCCUGGACUUGAGGCUGACAGAUAAAAUUGUAAGGAAAUCUGGCAAUCUGACAAAUGCUUAUGUUUAUGAAGUGGGCCCUGGACCAGGAGGAAUCACAAGAUCUAUCCUCAAUGCCAAUGUUGCUGAACUUCUGGUAGUUGAAAAGGAUACUCGAUUUAUUCCUGGAUUACAGAUGCUUUCUGAUGCAGCACCUGGGAAACUGAAAAUUGUCCACGGAGAUGCAUUGACGUUCAAGGUAGAAAGGGCUUUUCCAGGAAGUCUAAAAAGGCAGUGGGAAGAUGAUCCUCCAAAUGUACAUAUUAUUGGAAAUCUGCCUUUUAGUGUAUCAAUUCCACUGAUUAUCAAGUGGCUUGAAAAUAUUUCUUGUAGAGAUGGACCUUUUGUUUAUGGCAGAACUCAGAUGACUUUGACUUUUCAAAAGGAAGUGGCAGAGAGACUCACAGCCAAUACCGGAAGCAAACAACGCAGUCGCCUUUCCGUUACCGCCCAGCACCUUUGUGAUGUUCAGCACAUCUUUACAAUUCCAGGCCGAGCUUUUAUCCCCAAACCAGAGGUGGACGUGGGAGUGGUGCACUUCACUCCCUUGAUACAGCCCAAGAUAGAGCAGCCGUUCAAGCUGGUGGAUAAAGUUGUUCAGAACGUAUUUCAGUUCAAAAGGAAAUACUGCCAUCGAGGGCUUGGAAUGUUAUUCCCUGCAGCACAGCGCUUAGAAAGCACUGGAAGGCUGUUACAGUGGGCAGAUAUAGACCCUACUCUUCGGCCCUGCCAGCUCUCAAUUGCACACUUUAAGAGCCUCUGUGAUGUAUACAGAAAAAUGUGUGAUGAAGACCCACACCUCUUUGCUUAUAAUUUCAGAGAAGAACUCAAGCAAAUUAAAAACAAUAACGCAGAAAAAGAGCAUGACGAGGACAAUCACAGACUCUAGCUGCUACUUUACAGGCGAGCAGCGUACUGGACAUUGAUUUUCACAAUGUGGAGCUUCUUAGACGUGUACUCGGUUGUCUUUACAGAAUGACAAUAAAAAUACUAAUGACCAGA